CGUACAUUCAGCUCAAAAUGGAGUUCAUGAGCGCAUUGGGUUCGCAAGAGGACGCCUACCGGCCCUCCUUGUUUGAACUGAUUGCUCAAGAGAAGCUCAGAGAGAUGCUACAACCUGCAGUGCAAUAUGUACUUGCUGUCUAUGCUCAACGAUAUCCGAGAUUUUUGAUUCGCAUUGUCAAUAAGCACGAAGAAUUCUACGCUGGCCUCAUGCUAUUAAUCGAACGACAUUAUUUGAAGGAGUGGGGUGCUUCAUUUGCCGAAAAUUUCUAUGGCCUUAAGAGAGUCGCUACCCAGGCUGCUACAAAUGGCCAAUUCAUUGCUCCAGGAAGCGAUCAAUCCAGCCAAAAGCUAUCUACUAAGGACAUCAAUCGAUCGCUAUUGUUCCUGGUUGGCCUUCCAUAUAUAAAAAGCAAGCUGGAUUUGCUCUAUUCACAGGUGUCAGGUGGAGCGUCAGCUUCAUUACUGGGGGAGAACGAGCAAGAGGAACGGGAGUUGGAGAUAUUAAACGACCCCUCUGCGUCUGUCAGAACUAAAGCUGUUGUUCACCUGAAGCGAAUCUUCCGAAAAGUAUAUCCUGUUGUUAACAUGUUGUACUAUGGAUCUAAUUUAUGCUAUAAUAUCGGCUAUCUAUUUGGCAAAACAAAAUAUUAUACUCCUUGGCUUCGCAUUCUUGACAUAGAAGUCAAGAGAAUGAGUAUGGAUGACUACCGAGCUCAUUAUGAAAAAUCCAUGAUGGGAGUACCUUCUGUCCAGCCUACCUCUGUCAUCGGUCGAUCUACCCACUUCCUCGGCACUGUGCUGGGUAAGAUGAUUGAGCUGUUGAAGGUUUUGCUUCCGAUGUCCAUUUUCUUCUUCAAGUUUUUGGAAUGGUGGUAUGCUUCGGAAUUCGCUCGAGGCGGAGGAAGAACCGGAGCCUAUGGAGACGAGGAAGCCAAUAUUAUUCCACCCCCUGAGAAGGUCAAGCCUGACCCACGAGGAACCAAAGUACCAUCGACGCCAAACACGUGUCCCCUUUGUCUGACCCGUCCAAUCAAUAAUCCCACAGCAUUGCCAUCUGGCUAUGUGUUCUGCUACACGUGCGCCUACCGAUAUGUUGAGGAUCAUGGAAGGUGCCCAGUUACCUGGACCAAAAUUAGAGGUGGCACUGAGCGACUCACCAAGGUAUACUCUGGAAGCGCAGGGGGUAUGUAGAUGAAUGCGAAAACAAUAUUGUACUAUUAGGAAUCUAUUAUGCUAUUGUCUAAAUAGUAUCAAUGUAAUAUAAACGUUGAGAUACAUUAAGAUAGGCUAACGAGGGCCGAGUAACUGUCGCUCAAAUACUUUGACAAAUUUGGAAGGUGUUUGUUCUUUGCGUACCGAUG